AUGCUCGUCAAGAUCCAAGGACUCACAAAGAUGCAACAACUGAAGGCACUCGAGACGCUAUCCAAGUAUGUUGACUCCCAAGUGGAGCAGCUGAGACAAUCCCAGAUGAGCAUCUCUGGGCCGAUGGGUCCCGCUCUACAGAUGACCACUGACACUCGCGCUAACCACCAGACCCCUGGAGGAACUGAGCUGCACAACCAGGGCAUAGCCAAGUGCAACAGAAGUAUUGAAUGUGCUCUCGAGGAACAACCUCAGCCGCAGCAUGCUCCGCACCUAACACUGUGUGACGAAGUGGAGAUGUGGGAACAGAUGGAGCAUCUCAUCCCUGAUGACCAGCUACUGGUCGAGCCUGCCACCCCUACACAGCAGAUUGGACCGAUGCAGAAAUCUGCGGAGUACCAGACCAACGGCGAUGUCUCCCUGAUGACUCCCUCCCCCCUCUCCCAAUCUGACGACUCUUUCCUCCCCUCGUCCCCCACCGAGGAAUGCAUGCAGAGGGACCCCCACCGCCUCAUCCCCCACCAGCCGAAAACUCCACUCGAGAGCAUCUCCACUCUUACCAGUACCCAGAUACCCAACACUGUGCCUGCCCCAAAUGCUCCAACCGUGGUGCCAAUGAGGAAUGCUCUACGUGCCAUGGCGGAGAAAGUGGACAUGUCGCACCCAUGUACAGGACGUUUCCUCAAUGCGCUAAAGGAUUCCACCCAUGCCGAUCUCAUUUCCCAGAUCACUGCAGCUAACCAGCAGCCGGUGCAACCAGAGGCCGAAGCUGAUGGCAACACGCAGAACGAUGCAUCUCGCACAGAUCUUAUAGCCCAGAUUGCCGCUCUUGCCCAACACCAAACACAACUGCAGGCUACUGCUACCCCGAACACUCCAGCCCUGACUCUCAUGCCGACACCAGCGGAAGGCUUCCCAGACAUCUACAGUCACCAACCAUACUUCUUCAUAGAUAACUUGACGAGAGACCUCCUGGACACCUGGAGCAAGCACGACAUGGCCCGUAUCGCCAUUAUGCUGCUGGGCUCCAGUGUGAACGAUCAAAUUCUUCAACCUUACCUGACGAUGAAGAUCGCAAGGGCUCUAGAACGCGCACACCAGAUCCCCAAAGUAAUGAUGAUGAGCCCACGUCCCCUCUACGACUCUAAACUCAUCAACGACACCCCGUACUCCUUCAUCGCUUUCAACAUGAUGAAGUCCCAGAAGAAGGACAUUGUUACCCAGUACUGUUACCUAACCCCCGAAGUCUCCUUCAUCGCAAUGGACUUCAUCUGGAAGGUGCCACAGUAUGUCUGCACCUUUGCAGGCUUCACCAAUCAUUCCUUCCAGGACAUCCCGAAGCUCAUUCUCAACUGCCUCGUCAACCUGCAAAGCAUUCAACAUUUCCUCAGUGUGGUCGGCUAUGAUGCGUGA